AUGUCUCUGAUGUUUAAAAGUGCAGGAAAUAUGUCUACCGAAGCCGAUGAACCAGUAAUUCAAAUUGAGGAAGAAGUUGAUGAAAAUUUGGUCCCUAGUUCAAAAAGAAUAAAAACUUCCACAACUUUGGAAUUUUCUGAAAAGUUUGUUGACGAUAAAGGACUCCCAAAGGCCAAAUGCAAAAAUUGUAAUAAAACUUACAUGGCUAGAGAUGGUGGCGGAACUUCAAAUUUUAUAAAACAUGCGGUGAAAUGUGUUGGAAGAGGGAAUGGAUCUUAUCCACCAUUGGAUCAAGAAAAAUAUAGGGAAAAGAUUUCUAAGGUAAUUGUCAAACACAAUUAUCCUUUUACUUUUGUUGAACAUGAAGGGAUAAUUGACUUACUUUAUUUUUUACACCCUGAUGUUAAGUCAAUUACUAGAAAUACUGCAAAGUCUGAUGUUCUUAAGGUGUUUAGAAAAUAA